AUUAGACCAGACCUAACUCUCUAGUCUCUAGUAAGCAGUUCUCAUCAAUUCCUCUAGCCAUAGAAACCAACCGGCACUUGCCCGGCAUAUGGAGUUUUACCCAAUCGCCGAUAUGCUUAUGUUUACGCCAUUGACUUGUUUCUCCUUUGAUGUUACGCCUACUGCUCAUCCUCAUCUACCCAUUUCCUCCGAGAUUCCGACUAUGGACGACGGACGCCUCUGAGGUUUUUGAUUUCCGGCUUGGCGGCGACCUCAAAGGCUCUACAGCUUUGAAUUUUUGGCCAUCCAUUCCCAGCAAGGCCACAAUCCAAGACUUCAGAACCAGGUUCGUGACGAAGUCAUAAAACAAAUGAAUAGUUUUUUCCAAUCCGUCAUAUGAAUCGAUUUCACAGUAUGCUAUGCUGAGGGCUCUGAGUUCGUUGGUUGAGAGAAAGAGUCUUGGUGCUAUAGUGGACAUCUGCAGUAAAAUGGAAAGUGGGAUGAUGGGCGUCCAGAAACAACGUUUUGAUGUGUAUAAUUUUGUGAUGGUCAGGUUUCUCAAGAAUUAUGAUGUUGAGCAUGGCCUUGAAUUCCACAGGAGGAUGACUAGCAAAGGAUUUGUGCCCACUGUUUUAGCAUGUAAUAAGAUUUUAAGGACUCUUUAUGAUGAAAACCAAGGAGAUAUUGCACACAAGUUUUUCUUGUUGAUGCAAGAAGUAGGUCCGAAGCCAGGUCUAGUGACGUUUAGUACUGUGAUUAAUGGCUUUUGCAAGGAAAGAAAGUUGGAUGAGGCACUCAAACAUUAUGCUCUUAUGACUGCAAAAGGUAUAGAGCCUGACAUAAUUGUUUAUAGCAUUUUAAUCAAUGGCAUGUUUAAGGCUGGGAAAUUUGACGAGGGAGGUCAACUUCUCUCAACUGCAUUAGGUAAAGGCUUAAAGUUAGACGUUGUUAUUUUCAGCACCAUAAUAGAUGGAUACAUACAGAGGGGAGACAUUCUAAGGGGUAUUAAAGUAUAUAAGAGAAUGUUAAGGCAAGAUGUUCAGCCGAGCAUCGUUACAUAUGGUAUCCUGCUAAAUGGAUUGUGUAAAAAUGACCAAUUUCUUGAGGCUUUUGGAGUGUACUGUCAGAUUGUCAAACGUGGCAUUCAGCCAUCACCCAUAAUGUACAGUAGUCUCAUUGAUGGUUUCUGCAAGGUAGGAAAUUUGGUAGAAGGAUUUGCUUUGUAUGAGGAUAUGGUGACUAAGGGACACGUUCCAGAUGUUUAUGUUUGGAAUAUGCUAUUGAGUAGAUUCACAAAGCAAGGCUGGAUGGAGAAUGCACUUACAUUCUUUUACAGAGUUGUUAAAAGUGGAUUAGCUCCCAAUGUUUGUAUAUUUAACACAUUGCUGGAUGGAUUUUGUAGAUUGAAACAAAUAAAGGAAGCAGUAAAUCUGUAUAUUAUGAUGGCCGCUCAUGAUAUAGCUCCAGAUCUAAUUACAUACACUUUAAUCAUCCAAAUGAUCUUUGAUUUAGGGAUUUAUCGUGAAGCAAUGGCUUUGUUCUUCCAAAUGAUAAAGAAGGGAUUUCUUCCCGAUGUCAUCACAUAUUGCGUUCUCAUUGACGGGCUGUGCAAAUACCACAAGUUGGCUGCCGGGGUACAAGUUUUCGAGGAUAUGGUGACAACUGGAACCAGGCCUGAUAUUGCCAUUUACAAUGUCCUCAUCAAUUCACAUUUCAAAGAUGGCAAUUUGAAAAAAGCGUUGGAACUGUUCAAGUACGUAUUGGAUUGUGGGCCCGAUCCUGAUAUCGUGACUUACAACACUGUAAUUUGCGGCUACUGCUCUAUGAGAAUGUUGGAGGAAGCCGUUCAUCUCUUUGCAGAGUUAAAGAAGAGACAGACCGGUCACAACACAAUCACAUUAACUAUAUUGAUUGAUGCCUUCUGUAAAGAAGGGAAACUGGAUGUGGCUAUGUCAUUAUUCUCUGAAAUGACAGGAAAAGGUAGAGUCCCCAAUGUGGUCACAUAUAGCUGUUUGAUGGACGGCUAUUUCAAGUUGCAUUCAUUCAAAACAGGUUUUGAGCUUCAUAAGGAGAUGCUCAGUAACAAUAUCUCCCCAAAUAUCAUAAGCUACACAAUUCUGAUUGAUGGUCUCUGUGAAAAGGGAAUGACGAAAGAGGCUUUAUCAGUCUUUUAUUCUGCUUUGAGAUGUGGGUUUUUGCCCGACGUGAUAACCUAUGGAGUUCUGCUUUGUGGGUUUUGCAAGUUUGGAAGGUUAGUGGAUGCGAAGUCGCUGUAUAACUCCAUGCUCGAAGCUGGGAUUAAGCAAAAUAGCAUGGUACGGAAUAUGGUUGCCAAGUACCAUCUUCAUUCCAUCAAUGGAAGCGAUUUGCCUGUCUAUGGAAGGUCUUCCAGUUCCUCCUCACCUUAGAGUUAUUAUAACAAUUAAUCAAUUUUUUACAUAUACUGGAGAAGCUUUUACGAUGUCCAGAGAACUAUGCUUUAUUUGACCCACAACAAUUCCUUCCAUUAUCAAUUGUUUCUGUAUAUAUUUGCAACUAUUGGGUCGUUCUUCCAACUAUGUGAUUGGUUACUUGUUGCUCCAGUUAUCGUAAUUUAGAAAGUGAUACAAAUGUUA